AUGAGAAUCUCUCGAAUUUUCCUUAUCUUUGGCACUGCCAGUCUCUGCGUGGCAUCCGCCGUUCCGAGAAGCAGCAAACCUCAUUCCAGCUUCAAGAGAAGCGAUAAUGCGACAAAUCCCAUGUUUCAACUCAGCACCGACGCUGACUUCAACUUCGAGAUCCUUCGUGUUCUGUCGAUGGCGCCGUACGAGGGAGCCGACAUUGGCGAGGUGCUUGUCGCCGCUAAAGAGAUUGAGCCAGGCGAUUUUGAGAGCUUCUACAACGGUUUCAACAACCUUGCCCUCCGCGCCGAGAAGAUCGCACGUGCUAUUGAUCCACGUCGGCACCCUGUCUCUGCACGCAAUGCGCUCUUCAAGCUUUCGAACUACUACAGGUCGGCCGACUUCUUCCUCCACGGUAAUUGGAGCGAUCCGCGGAUCAACGCCUUGUGGGAGAAGCAACUCUCGGCUUUCAACGAUGCCAUGGCCUUGAUGACGGUCCCGGGCGAGCGCAUAACCAUCCACGCCAAGGACGGCGGCUUUGACAUCCCGGCAAUCUUCUUCGGCACCGGCCUGCCCGGACGACGCCCCACUCUCAUUGCGUGCAACGGCUACGACGGCUCGCAGGAGGAGAUGUAUCACGUAAUUGGCCAAGCCGCUCUCCAGCGCGGCAUGAACUUCAUCGCCUACGAGGGGCCCGGACAGCCAACUGUGCGUCGCGAGCAGAACCUUGGCUUCAUCCCAGAGUGGGAGAAAGUCGUCUCUCCUGUCAUAGACUACGCCCUCGAGCGGCCAGAGGUUGACGGCGAUGCCAUCGCUCUGAUGGGCUUCUCAUUUGGUGGCUACCUAGUGCCCAGGGCCGCGGCGUUUGACCACCGUGCGGCUGCUAUUAUGGCCGUUGAUGGCAUAUACGACUUUGGACAGUCUAUCCUUAAACAUCUCCCCGAGGAGCUCCAGCAGAUCUUUUCCUCCGGCGAUGCUGAGAAGUUCAAUGCCAUCCUGAGCAAGGUCAUCGCCGACCCGACUACUGUGACUUCAUUCCGAUGGGGUGUACAGCAAGGCUCUUGGGCUCUCAAGGCCAAGACACCCUUCGAGUUCAUGACCAAGGCUCAAGCAUACAACCUGACUGGUCUAACAGACAAGAUCACGACACCGGUUUUCGUGGGAGAUGCCCAGCUUGACGGUUUCUUCCUCGGCCAGGGCAAAGAGCUGGCAGAUCACAUCGGCGGCAUGACCACAUACCACCAGUUCGAGGCUAUUGACGGGGCCGGCGAGCAUUGUGCGAUUGGUGCGACUGUCUAUCAGAACCAAGUCCUACUUGACUGGUUUGAGGAUAUUAUCCACCAACCCAAGAAUUGCAUCAGACCUUAA